GGCGUGUGCGUCUGGCGUCCGGCCGGCGCAGGAUGGCGGCUCUGAGGAGCUGGCUGUCGCGGAGCGUAGCCUCCUUCUUCAGGUACAGGCAGUGUGUUCCUGUCGUGGCGAACUUUAAGAAGCGCUGCUUCUCAGACUUGAUAAGACCAUGGCACAAAACUGUGGCAGUUGGAUUUGGUGUGACCCUGUGUGCAGUUCCUAUUGCACAGAAAUUGGAGCCUCAUUCUCUCAGUAAUGACGCAUUAAUGAGGAGGGCUGUGUCUUUGGUAACAGAUAGCACCUCCACCUUUCUCUCUCAGACCACAUAUGCAUUGAUUGAAGCAAUCACUGAAUAUACUAAGGCCGUUUAUACUUUAAUUUCUUUGUACCGACAAUAUACAAGUUUACUUGGGAAAAUGAGUUCACAGGAGGAAGAUGAAGUGUGGCAGGUGAUCAUAGGAGCCAGAGUUGAGAUGACUUCAAAACAACAAGAAUACUUGAAGUUGGAAACCACGUGGCUGACUGCACUUGGUCUUUCAGAGAUGGCGGCAGAAGCUGCAUACCAAACUGGUAGGUUCAAGUUGUCGCUCCCUAGGUGCCAUCUGAGUUUUCAUCUGGCUGUAAAAUGAAGGAUUUAGAUUAGU